CUGAAAGCCGGCCUCCCUCCCCUCCCUUCGGCCGGGAAGGGCCGGGUUUGCCGAGGCCGCUUCCGGAGGGCGGGCCAGGCGGGCGGAGCCGGGCGGCGCGGCCGGAGGAGGCGGAGGAGGAGCGGGGGCGGCCGGCCAGGUCCCGAUGCCCCCACCAUGCCAGCUUUCCGGCAAGUUGGAGAGAAGCAGCUUCCUCAGGAAGUUAUUUUUAUGGCCUGGUCGCCCAAGAGGGACCUGAUUGCCUUGGCCAACAAAGUGGGAGAGGUGUUGCUUCACCGCCUGGCGAACUUUCAGCGCGUCUGGAGCUUGCCACCGAAUGAAAGCACGGGCAAAGAAGUGUCUGCUCUGGCCUGGAGACCAGAUGGCAAAAUUCUGGCUUUUGGGCUUGCCGAUACGAAGAAAGUGAUCCUGUGUGACGUGGAAAAGCCGGAGAGUUUGCAUUCUUUUUCGGUCAACGUCCCACUUACGUUCAUGUACUGGAUGGAAGUUACAGAGGAAAACAGCGUCCUCAUUUCGUUUUAUAACGCUGAAGACGAAGCCAGCCUUCUCCUUCCAAAGUUGCCUCCUUUGCCGAAGAACUACAGCACCACAGCAAAGAUUUUCAGUGAAGAAAAAUCCGAUGAAAUUAUGAAACUCAUGGGCGACGUCAGGCUUAAUGCUCUCGUUCUCGGAGGCGUCAAUGGGUUUAUUGAGAUCUAUGCUUACGGAAUGUACAAGAUUGCGACGAUAACAGGGGUGAGAGGUUCCUGCUUGGCCUUGUGCUUAUCCAGUGACUUGAAAUCGCUUUCAGUUGUGACAGAAGUCGACACCGGUCCGGAUGGAGAUCCAGAAAUAACCUACUUCCAGAUGGAUACCAGCCUGCUCUCAACCUAUUUACCAGAAGUGACUCGAAUGGCCCGAAAAUUUACACACAUUUCAACUCUCCUGCAGUACAUCAAGCUUUCCCUGAGUUGUAUGUGUGAAGCUUGGGAAGAAAUAUUGAUGCAAAUGGAUUCGCGAUUAACCAAGUUUGUGCAGGAGAAGAAUACCACCACCUCUGUGCAAGAUGAAUUUAUGGAGUUACUUUUGUGGGGCAAAGCAAGUAUUGAACUUCAGGCACUGCUAAUGAAUCAGCUAACAGUAAAGGGUUUAAAAAAACUGGGCCAGUCCAUGGAAUCUUCCUACUCCAGUAUUCAAAAGCUGGUGAUAAGUCACUUGCAGAGCGGCUCGGAGGCCUUGCUAUACCACUUAAGCGAGCUGAAAGGCAUGGCUCUGUGGAAGCAGAAGUACGAGUCCCUCGGGCUGGACGCAUCGGGAAUAGAAGACGCCAUCACUGCGGUGGGCUCCUUCAUUCUGAAAGCAAACGAACUGCUCCAAGUUAUAGACAGCAGCAUGAAAAAUUUCAAGGCUUUUUUCCGUUGGCUUUAUGUAGCCAUGCUGCGAAUGUCAGAGGAUCAUGUUCCUCCCGAGCUGAACAAGAUGACACAGAAAGACAUUACUUUUGUGGCUGAUUUUCUCACGGAGCAUUUCAAUGAAGCCCCAGAGCUCUACAGCCGUAAAGGGAAAUACUUUAAUGUGGAAAGAGUUGGGCAGUAUUUAAAAGAUGAAGACGAUGAUCUUGUAUCUCCGCCCAACACGGAUGGAAACCAGUGGUUUAAUUUCCUUCAAAAUAGCAACAGCCUUAAAGAAAGCCCGUUGCUGUUUCCAUACUACCCUCAGAAAUCGCUGCAUUUUGUAAAGAGGAGGAUGGAAGCUAUCAUUGAUCAGUGUCUCCAGAAACCAGCUGAUGUGAUCGGAAAAACCGUCCAUCAGGCCAUUUGCAUGCCUUUGUAUAGAGCCUCAAAAAGUGAGGACUCGACCCCUCAGCUGCUUAAGCUGCCCUUUUUGUGGCACGACAAAUCGUACAAUUUGCAUUACGUUUUAUUCACCAUGUUAGAGAACUCGGUUUCCAAACUUUAUAUCUUGAGAAGGCACACCGACAUAUCAAGAUCCGCUAAUAACGGGCUGCUUGCUGUGGAGUUUGGGAAUUUCCUGAACAAAAGUGUUAACGAAAAUAAGGAAACAAGCUCCUACAGCUGUCUGGAUGCUCACUUCUACGACAACGAAACCAUCACGGUCAUCCUGGUGGAAAAUUCAGAACAGGAGGGGAAGGAACGGCUUUUGGCUCAGCUGCCUCUGUCCUCCAUCUGUAGGGAGCAAAACCAGGGAAUGGAGUUUAACUGGAAUUCUGGUCAAAGGCUAGACCUGCAGCGGGACGGCAUCCCUACGUGUACGGUCACCGCGGAGACUCAGUGCAGGGUGCUGGAGAAUAUGAAGGCUCACUAUGUCACCGUGAACGGUAUUCGGAAGGUGUCUUGUGUGCUAAGUUCAAACCUGAGGCACAUCCGGGUGUUUGAAAUGGAUGAAGACGAUGGAGAAGCUGAGGAUGAAGAAGAGGAGGAAGUGCCUCAGGCUGUCGGCCUACCUCAAGAAGAACUCAACCAGUCAACAGACACGGUUGAAGGAGAAUAAGUGCAUCACUUGGCUCAGCUGAGCUGGUAGAUGAGGUCUCAACCAAGCUUCUAAGAUGGAAAGAAAUGUUCAUUUCGGGGUCUUGGACAUUAGGCAGAAGAACUGGGCAUGUGGUCCUUCUGUUGGAAAAUGAAGUUAUGGAAGAAUUGUGUGCUUUUCCGUCUGUCUGGUUUUUAAAACUCACAUUCUGCCAACCUCUCUUUCUUGUGUUAUGGUCCACUGUCUGAAUAACACAACUGGAAACAAACAAGUCUUCAGAUAUUCCUGCCAACAUGGUCCAGCUUUUGAUAUUCCCGCCGUUUCCUAAACUCCAUUGCUUCUCUGGAUUUCUAAACAAGUGGUCUCUUUUAGAUGUCACGGUUUUUUUGUCGAUGUGUCACUAUCCCAAGUUUGCCAGAGUAACGUGGAGAAUGGCUGGGGAAGUCUCUUAAACCAGGAGUCUUCAAAUUUUGGCCCUUUUAUGACUUGUGGACUUCAACUCCCAGGAUUCCUCAGCCAGGCACGCUGGCUGAGGAAUUCUGGGAGUGGAAAUCCACAAGUCAUAAAAGGCCCAAGUUUGAAGACCCCUGUCUUAAACCAUGACCCCACCAUCACCCUUGGCGGUAUUCAAAAUGCGGUGUAAAGGAAAAUAAAAUACAGAGAUUAUUUUGUGAUUGUG